UGAUUUUAUCAAUUUUUUGCGCUGUUUCAGUUAGCACCCACGUACUACUGACCAGAGUAUAAAAUCCGCGCAACACGAAAUUAAGUCAGAACUUCUUGUGUCAAAAUGUCGCAUCUUUUGAAAGCCGUAUUCUUGGUCAACUUGUUUUUUCAUCUGACAAUUGCUCAUUCGAUUUACGACAAUACAAAUGACAAGUUGGCUGAUAUUCUAAGAGUUGUUGGUGAUGGUAAAAGUGAAUCUGAAACGGAAGAGCCAGAAGAGCCAGAAGAGCUAGCCCUCCGAUCGGAACUUUCUCCUCCACAAAUAGAAAGAAUCUAUGAUAGUGAAACAACUGAUAAACGCCGACUGGUACAUAAUGGAGCUGCUGUUAUAAAGCGAGGUAGUGGUCUUACCGAGGAACAAAAGCAAGAAUAUGUAGAUGCACACAAUAACUAUCGUUCCGCCGUUGAUCCACCAUCUGUGAACAUGAGAAAAAUGAAAUGGGAUGAUGGUUUAGCGGCUAUUGCCCAGAGCUGGGCCGAACAGUGUAAAUGGUCACACAAUGGUGGUCGCUCGAACAUCGAUGAAUUUAAUUACGUUGGCGAAAACAAAUACAUCAAUACAGCUAAUAAUUAUAUGAUAGCAAGAUCAGUGGAAUAUUGGAAUCUGGAGAAAGACAAAUACGACUACGAUACUCAAAGUUGUAGUGGUGGAAUAUGCACACACUAUACACAGUUGGUGUGGGCCGACUCUGAAUACGUAGGAUGUGGUAUUCACUAUUGUAAUUCUUUUAGCGGACUUUCUGGCUGGAGCGGACAUUACUAUGUUUGUAACUAUGGAGAAGGGGGAAAUUACGCCGGUGUCAAGCCUUAUAAGAAACUGGAAACCUGUGCCGCCUGUCCAAAUGGUUAUGCAACAUGUGAAAACAACCUGUGUGUGAAAGAUUAGAUCCACGACAGAAUGGUUUAGAAAUUUUAUAUUGAAUAAAUAGAUAUCUUGCAUUGAAAAA